ACGUCAUCACAAUUGACUACGGGAUACAGGGAGAACAGGAAGAUCCCAACAGCGUUGAGCAUUCCUCUCCAUCUCGAUCGGGUUGUGAACACACGCGUUAUAAUCACUUGAAGGUCUGACUGACUGGAUUCUUGACGCAGCUCCUUCUGUCGUGGAAGUGUGUUUGACAAGGGCUCACUAAGAUGUGGAAGGCAGCAGCAGGACAGUCAAUUAAGGUGACUGUAGCUGAUGGAGGUGACGACUGGGAGACUGACCCAGACUUUGAGAAUGAUGUGUCCGAGAAGGAGCAGCGCUGGGGUGCCAAGACAGUGGCUGGUUCAGGACAUCAAGAGCACAUUAAUAUCCAUCAGCUGCGUGAAACAGUGUCAACAGAGCAUACUAGCUUGAAACAGCAGGAAUUGGAUAAUAUGCCCAAGGCCUCGCAUGGAUAUGGAGGAAAAUUUGGGGUGCAACAGGACCGCAUGGACAAGUCUGCUGUUGGCCAUGAAUACCAAAGCAUGUUAUCCAAGCACUGCUCCCAGACCGAUAACUCCAAGGGCUUCGGAGGGAAGUAUGGCGUUCAAGCUGACCGUGUGGAUCAGUCUGCAGUUGGGUUUGAGUAUGCCGGGAAAACAGAGAAACACGCCUCACAGAAAGACUAUAACACUGGGUUUGGCGGGAAGUACGGUGUACAGGCAGAUCGUGUUGACCGGAGCGCAGUGGGCUUCGAUUACCAAGGCAAAACCGAGAAACAUGAGUCCCAGAAAGAUUAUACUAAAGGUUUCGGUGGGAAGUUCGGCGUGGAGAUUGACAAAGUGGACAAGAGUGCUGUGGGCUUUGAGUACCAGGGCAAAACCGAGAGGCAUGAGUCUCAGAAAGAUUAUGUAAAAGGUUUUGGAGGCAAAUUUGGUGUGCAGACGGACCGGCAAGAUAAAUCUGCUCUGGGGUGGGAUCAUCAGGAGAAACUACAGCUCCACGAAUCCCAAAAAGACUAUAAGCGUGGGUUUGGAGGGCAGUAUGGGGUAGAGGUGGAGAGGCAGGACAAGAGUGCCCUGGGCUAUGAGUACAAGGAGAACCUGGCCAAGCAUGAGUCACAGAAAGAUUAUUCUAAAGGCUUUGGAGGAAAAUUUGGUGUCCAGAAUGACCGGAUGGAUAAGAGCGCAGGCACCUUUGAGGAUGUUGAGAAGCCCAAAUCAACUUACCAGAAAACUAGACCUGUGGAGGCUGCUGGCAGCAGCACAGGAAAUAUUAAGGCUCAGUUUGAGAAUAUUGCCAGGCAGAAGGAGGAAGAGGACAGAAAGCGAGCUGAAGAUGAGCGAGCACGUCGACAGGCCAAGGAGAGACAGGAGCAAGAGGAGGCACGACGUAGAAAUGAAGAGCGGGCCAAAGUUCCCUCUCCAGUUCCUGUUGCGGCGAGCCCCAGUCCCACUCCCAGCCCGACUCCACCUGUCCAGUCUGCCUUUUCUUCAGCAUACGAGAAUGUAGAUGUUAGCAGUGACGCCGUUGAUCAAAAUGGAGAGCAGCUGUAUGAGAUCGAAUCACAGGAUCAAUACAAACAGCCAGAGCCGCUUUAUGACGCCCCUGCUGAAGACGAGCAGCAGUACGAGAUCGGUGAGGAUGCUGGCGUGACCGCGGUUGCCCUAUAUGACUACCAAGCAGCUGGCGAAGAUGAGAUCUCCUUUGACCCUGAUGAAAUCAUCACCAAUAUUGAGAUGAUCGAUGAAGGCUGGUGGCGUGGCGUUUGCAGAGGGGCUUACGGUCUUUUCCCUGCCAAUUACGUUGAACUUCGGCAAUGAUGUCACGCUGCCAAAAAAGGAGAGGUUGUCAACUUCUUUCCUACUCAUACUUUGGUCAAUUUUCUCUUAAUUUCUUGAGUGCUCCAACACUGUGCAAGACAUCUUAGAUCUUCUAAAUCAGCAUUCCUUUUUCAAUCACACCUCAAGCAUUUUAUUAUUAUUUUUUUUUUAACAAUGACUUGAUUCCUUUGCGUGUAGAGAACGUACAAG